AUGGAGGUAGGUCAAGUGCUGCGCAUGAAUGGAGGGAUCGGCGACACUAGCUACGCAAGCAAUUCCUUAGUUCAGCAAAAGGUGUUGACACUGACGAAGCCGAUCCGAGAGGAAGCCAUAACCAACUUGCACAGCAGAAUGCUCCCGCCAAGCCUAGCGAUUGCAGAUUUGGGUUGCUCUUCUGGUCCCAACACUUUCUUUGUGGUUUCUGAAGUUAUCAGAACAGUGGAGAAGCUUUGCCGACACCUAAACCAGCAGUCUCCGGAAUACCAAGUCUUCUUGAACGAUCUCCCGGGGAAUGACUUCAACAACAUCUUCCGGUCUCUUGGCAGCUUCAAGGACAAACUCAGUCGUGAAAUGGUUUCUGGGGUUGGUCCUUGCUUCUUAUCGGGAAUCCCUGGAUCCUUCUACGGCAGGCUUUUUCCUUCGAAAAGUCUCCAUUUUGUCCAUUCCUCUUACAGCCUUAUGUGGCUAUCUCAGGUUCCCGAGGGAGUGGAGAACAAUAAGGGCAACAUCUAUAUGGCAAGCACAAGCCCCUCGAAUGUGUUGAAGGCUUAUUACCAGCAAUUUCAGAGAGACUUCUCGUUGUUUCUUCAGUGUCGUGCGAAGGAAGUGGUGGAAGGGGGUUGUAUGGUGCUCACAUUCUUAGGCAGAAGAAGUGACGAUCCCUCUAGCAACGAAUGCUGUCUAAUCUGGGAGCUUAUGGCCACAGCUCUCAAGGACUUGGCCUCCAAGGGAAUGAUAAAAGAAGAGGAAGUGGAUUCAUUCAACAUUCCUCAGUACACACCAUGUCUUUCAGAAGUUGAAGAGGAGGUAGUUAAGGAAGGGUCAUUCAUCAUCAACCAUACGGAGGUAUCAGCUGUGGAUUGGAAUGCUUACAGUGACUGGAACACAAUGGACAACGAGUUUAGUGAGGCAGAAAUCGUCAGUGAUGGUGCAUAUAAUGUCACAAAGUGUAUGAGGGCUGUGGCCGAACCCUUACUAAUUAGCCACUUCGGAGAGGACAUUAUUGAACAAAUUUUUAGGAGUUAUCAAGAAGUCCUAACAGACCACAUGUCCAAACACAAAACUGAAUUCAUCAAUGUCACCGUAUCCAUGACCAGAAGAGCUUGAUAUCUCACUGAGAUG